GAAAACUCCGAAAACUCAUGCGUGAAGCUCCGUGAAAGCGCGAAAGGUUGCACUCCCCCCGUUGUACCGGCAGGAUGGUUGAUCCUCGCUUCUUUGAAACUACUACACAACUAUGUUAUCAUAACUGUGCACAUCGCAGCCGGCAACAACACAACAACAGCAACAUUUGCCACCCACUGCGUCAACCCAUUGCUCUCCAGACAUUUGCUAACCAUGAUGCACUUGGUUAUCCAUGCAGCUAUCAAGACAAUGGAGGGAGCCACUCAUUUGGAACGGCAAGAGGAGCAACACGCUCGAUCGUCGUUUCAAGCGGCACUGGACUUCAUGCAACAAGCGGAAACCGACUAUUUUGCCAACGCUGCUAUCCAGCAAUUGUCUUCCAGGUUGGGCAUUCCAACGUUUAUUCAAAACGAUGGAACAAUAGCCUACGGAGUAGCUCAGGAUCCUUUCGACACAAGUGCACUUCCAAUUCCGUCCAUGGCCAUUCCCAAACCUCCGGAUGUACCCCAGCAGCAACAAGACCAGGAAGAAGAGCAGCAGCCUGCUAUUACCGUCAAUGGCGGCUCGCUAGGCAACACAACCGGGUUUAACCCCAAGCACUUUGUGUAUGCGAAGCCACUUGUAUUCAAUCCUGCUGCGGCACGCCGACCAGUGGAUGCACUCUUAUACACUGCUGUGAUCAUGUUUGACCAGGCAUUAGGUUACCAUCAAGAAGGAGCAAGAAACCACGACAAAGACCUACUAUUGAGGUCAUUGUCGUUCUAUGAUAUCAGCUUGGAAAUUCUCAUAGACAGCGCACUCCAAUUUGAUUGUGCCCAUGUCAUUAUCGCCACCAUGAACAACAAGGCAUGUGUCUACAUGGAAUUGGGAAUGACGGACUAUGCCGACACUGUUCUGGAAGAGCUCUUGUCCGUGAUUGUUUCUGCCGCAAGAGGUGGUACUUUUACGGAACCUGAUCUUCAAGGCGUCCUUGGAAACCUUCAGUUUCUCAAGACAUCCUUCAUUUCUGCCGCAGCCUAAGGAACGAUUGCGGCAGGAUGACUCUCUGCUUUGAUUCAAACGGCGCAGGUUUGCUUCUUUCGCUCCCACAGUGAAACAAAGUAUUGCAUUGCAUACUCAUGCAAGGGUGACGGACCAGACAUUUCAAGCAAAGGGAAAGCAUCAGGGUUUGUGGCUUCCUCCUUCGUUGUUGCGCUAUGGCUCUCUCUCGCUCGUACUCUCUGCCAACGCCAGGAAGCACGCGCGAUUUGCCAGCCUUGACUGCUGCUCACCUCAGCAGCUGCCGGUAGCUAGCUAGCUAUCUAGGGGAGACAGGUCUGUGUAUUAAUAUUUACUCAAUUCUAUAUAAUUGGCCCUCUAUCGAUUG